AUGUCAUCUCCAGCGAUGCUGUUUGUGGGCAACCUCCCCACCGUCGCGAAUGCCCAAUACGUGGAGCGUCUUUUCUCAGCGUACGGUCAGGUCAAACGCGUGAACAUGCUUCAUGAGGGUGCGGCUCAGUAUGCUGAAGUGACAUACAAUUCCGUUGAUGAUGCAGAUUCUGCUAUUGCUGCUCUUCACUGUCAUUACUGUGCAUCCAGAGGGCUUCCGCUAGUUGUCUUGUAUCACCAUAACAGCCCCUCUGUUACGGAGUAUGGCCGUAGGGUGGGAGCUGAGUAUGCUGAAGCUGUUGCUAUGGGUCGCAAACCAUUGCCCAUACCUCUAGAUGCAUUUGAUGAUGCCUUUGAGCGCACAGACGUUCCACCCCCGCCUUCAGACAAAGAAAUAUUCGAGGGAAAUCGGUGGAACAAUCAUAACAGUUCAUUGCAGGAGGGAAAAUGGCCUCGGUCUUGA